AUGCCCUUCUACAAUAAGAUCGUUAUAGUCACUGGAGGAGCAGAUGGCAUAGGAUAUGCAAUUUGCGAGAAAUUCUUAAAAAGUGGAGCAAAAGCGGUUAUAAUCGUAGACAUAGAUGAUAAAAAAGGUUCCGAAGCUAUUAAGAAUCUUUCAAAAUUUGGAAAUAAAUCGGUUUUCGUUAAAUGUGAUGUGACUAAAGAUUUGGAAGAAGUUCUCAAGAAGAUUCUAGAACAACAUAAUACUGUUGAUGUUUUAGUGAAUAAUGCUGGUGUUGUUGAUGAAGUUUGCCCGAAAAGAACACUUGGACUCAACACAGUGGCUCUUAUAGAAUGGUCUAUGAAAUUGUAUGAGCAUAUGAGAAAAGAUAAAGGAGGUAAUGGCGGGACAAUUGUGAACAUAGCGUCUGUAUAUGGCGUCGUAGUGGAUCCAUUUCAGCCAAUUUAUAAAGCGUCAAAGUACGGCGUUAUUGGCUUCACCAGGACUUUGGGCCAUGAGUUGAAUUUUGAAAAAUUUGGUGUUAGAGUUGUUGCGGUAUGUCCAGGGUUUACAGAAACGGCAUUAGGUGCAAGGCUUAUAGAACAGGAAAUGCUUCUAGACGUACGAAAAGAGCUGAAUGAUUUAAUAGCAAAGAUGCCAUGGCAGAAACCUGACGCUGUUGGGAGAGCUACGGUGGAAAUAUUUGAAAAAGCUGACAGCGGUACAGCUUGGAGUAUUAUAGGCGAUGGUCCAGUGGAUUUGAUACCAGGUUGUGAAAUAUCUAUGUAG